GAUUGGUCACUUUAAUAAGACUGGAGGAGUUUGUACACAGAACACACACUGAUCUGUCACAUUUCUAUCAGACAUCAUGAUGAAGCUGUGGAUUUGUCUCCUGGUGGAAUUGUUCUCCAUGUUGGACUCAACACAUGGAUAUUUCAAUGAGAGGCGAUCUCAGUGUAUUUACAGCUCCAGAGAUUUAGGUGACAUGGUUUACAUCGAUUCUUACAUUUUCAACAAGAUUGAGGUCAGUUGGUUUAACAGUACAGUGGGAAAGUAUCAGGGCUACAGUCCAUAUGGGAUUUAUAAUGCAGAGUUAUGGAACAAUGAUACAGCCUACAUGCAAAGUGAGCGAGCUGAUGUGGAUAACUUCUGUAAACACAAUGCAGAGAUCUACUACACAGCUAUAAUUGAUAAGUCAGUUGAACCACAGGUUGAAGUGAAGUUGGUGAAGAAAUCAGACGGCUCUCAUCCUGCCAUGUUGAUGUGCAGCGCUUACAGCUUUUAUCCUCCACUCAUCAAAGUGACCUGGCUGAGGAACGGUAAGGAGGUUAAAGGAGGUCAGACGUCCACUGAGGAGAUGGCUGAUGGAGACUGGUACUAUCAGAUCCACUCACACCUGGAGUACACACCUGAGUCUGGAGAGGAGAUCUCAUGUGUGGUGGAACACGCCAGCUUCAAAAAACCCAUGAGCUAUAAAUGGGAUCCGUCCAUGUCUGAACCUGAUAAGAGUAAGAUUGCUAUCGGAGCGUCAGGUCUGGUUCUGGGGGUCGUGCUUUCAGCUGCUGGAUUCAUCUACUACAAGAAGAAAUCCUCAGGACGGAUCCUGGUCCCGACAUAAACACAGGUACGAGUCUGGAGUUGUACCUGUGUUUAGAAAUGAAGUUUUCAUUAUUAAAUCUUUAGCGCCCCCUACAGUCUGUUUAACUCUGACUCACUUCUACAGGUUUAGUGACUGUUUAUUAUCAGUUUAUACUAACACUCAUCUGUACUUUUCUGUUUCUGAUCAUCAGUCACUUCAGUUUAAUUUGAAUUGUUUUUGAUUCUGUUUGUUUGCUGAAUCUUUAAAACUGAAUUAAAUAAAUUUGAAUACAUGAAAAACUUUA